AUGCGACAAAUUGUUUUUAAAUUAAGUGGCAUCAAAAGAAUUAUCGUUGAACUUUUAAAAGAAUUCAUUGGAAAAUGUCAAGAGAUUUAUUCCGUGCUUUGCAGCCAACGUAGUCCACGUGACCCAGUUGUGGUUCCCACCUCCGAUUUAGCCAAUGUCCAGUCAACUCCAGCCAAUAAUGCACCACCAGCAGAUGGCGUUGAGACAGCAAGCUUACUGCGAGCGGUUGGUCAUCUUUGCAAGACCAGUAAAAUAAGCUCUCCUGCGCCUGAUGUCCUCCAAGACAUUUUAACACCGAUGGCAACUGUUCGAGUGUCCUUUUAUGAAUUUCUAAUGAUAUUGGCAAAGAGUGAAACAGUAAACAACUCAUUAGGGAUCUUGCCAAGCAGAUUGAAAGUAUUUGAAAACAACGAUACUUGUAAUUCCUUUCGGAUUCCAGCGUAUCACCUGCACACUUCAAGUGGACGAUUCACCAAGAAUUAAGAGUUGGUGAAAAAGAACUUCAUUUCCAAAUUGUUAUGGCUGUCAAUGGAAACCAUAAAAAUCUGAAAUAUAAUUUUCUCCAUAUUCAUUAGUGCUGAUACUAAUUGUUGGUUAAUUGCAGCAUCCAGUUAGCAUUGUUUGGCAAUAAAUGAACCUUAUAAUUAUUGUGGUUUUCUAAGUGCAACUGAUCAACUGAUGUAUUUACCAAACUAGUGACACUCGAUAAAUGUGUUCUAUCUUAAU